GAGAGGCGUGAGGGCCCGGGGUGAAGGAAGAGCACCUCCCGGGCACGACGCUGACUCAGCCCCCCCGAGGGGGCGGCCGAGGGAGGAUGCAAAGGAAGCCUCGCCCGCCACGGCGAACAGGCCAAUUGCAUGUGAGUCUUACACGUAUGGUGAGCCGCGCAAGAAACAAUCUUCUGUACGCGGUGAAUGGUAGAAGCGAAUCUCAUAUGAAACUUCAGAAUGAUUAAAAUCUGUUCAGGUUUCAGCAGUCAGAACGGCAGUAACAACAAAGGUGGUCAAGGCUUCAGGGACAGCGUAGUUGAAAAUGAAUGUUUUUAGCAGAAGUGGAAAAUAUAUUGCAUUUGCUGGAUAAUUAAGUGAGCUUUGGGUAAGGAAUGCUUAUGCAUAGGCACACGGCAGUCCAGUGCAUGGCUACUCAAAAGUAGGUCCCAUUGAGUUCAAUGAGGCUUCUAGGUAAAUGGAUGUAGGACCUACUGCAGACCAAAUACAGAUACAGGGGCAUUUGUGCGUUUCUCCUGUGAAGUGCCACAAGUAUGCAAAAGUACAUCCCCCAAGAAGUAUUUUAAGGUGCCGAAAUACUUUUGGUUAGGUUGCAAGACUAGAUGAGGCACUGGCCUAAUCCAGCAACCAGGUUCUUAAAGAGAUCUGUUGUGAUAGCAGAGCAUCAGUGCCUAGGAGCAGUCUACCUCUGAAAAAAGAUGAUCGGAAACAACAGCUAGUAAGUGCUUUUGCACUCAUGUGCUGCUUGUGGGCUUCGCCUCCAUUAUGGGCUGAGUGAGUGCCAUCUAUUUGGCCCCAGUCCCUUGCCCCAGAGGACUUCAGUGGGCCCUGCAGCCUACUAGGCAGAAAUGGAAGGGGGAGGGCACUUUGGGAGCUCCUUGGGGCUAUGAAGUGCAAUGUAAAUAUUCCAAAUAAAUGAAUAAAUAAAGCUGAGGUUCAUAUGGCUAGCUCAGAGACCCUCCUAGUGUAGCCUUUUUAGCCUCGGGUGAGAAGAGCUUUGCGCCCAGGACAGGGAAAAUGGGAGUCAACAGACACUCAAGGAAUAGUUUCAGAGAAAAAGCUUUAUUUUUACCUUCCAGGCUGGUAGAAGGAGCAAGUGUGAUAACUCACAAACAAGCACGAGUUCACAGCCAUUUGCACAGAGCAUAUAUUCCCCUUCAGUUCCCUCCCCUUUCUCCUCCUCCUCAAGAGUCCUGCCCCAUGUUGAGUUUCCUGAGCAUGAACAGAAAGCUCCUGUCUUGGGAAAGGAGGGUAAGAAGCCAAGGGGGUCGAGGAGCCUUGCGGUUCAGCAUGUCCAAGAUGUGUUGCUACUAGAGUGAGAUAAGAGUCAGUUCUCAGGCUUGCUUUGACAGAGCCUAUUCAUUAGCUUUUGAAGCCUUCUCGUACUGAUAAAAGAAUAACAUUUUGCCUUUGCAACAGCAUCUUGUGAGAAAACAGAGGAAAACUUUAGCUGUGGAUUUUUAGAAGAGAGAAAAUGAAUUUUGGAUAGUUUUUAGGCCUAGUGUGACUUCGGGUCUAGGUGGGGCACCUGUCCUCACCUCCUUCACUAGCAUAGGCCAACAGCAAGUGGAAGCUGCUAUCUGCCUGCUGUCUCUCCUACCAAUUUUCCAUGACAGGUUCUGUGGGAGAACAGAGCAUCUUAGAAUCAGGGGGCUGGUCAAGUCAAAGGGGUAGGCCACUGCCACCCACAAUCAAAAAGAGAUCCCUUCCUUGUUCUCCUUAGCUUUUCCAAAUGGGCCAUGUCCUCCUGCCAAGUGGUCCAGCCCCAAAUCUAAGCUCUGCCUCAGAGACUCUCCUCUAACUUCUCUGCCUUUGCUUGUCUUCUCCCUGCAAAGCUGUCCUCAGAUCAGGGGCAUCUUACCCAUAGAGGCUAGUGGUGCGGGGCGCCAGGCCUCUGCCUCAUCCCCGCCAGAGGAGCCGCCCUCCAGCUACUGCCCGCCUCCUCCAGCCCCGCCGGCAGUGGCGCCGGCGGGAGCUUUGUACCAUGGCACUGGAUAUGCUUAAGACAGCCCUGCCUCAGGUAAAACAGUCAAUCAUCAGGAGCAGAGUAGGGUUCCUCACAUUUGGGGCGGGCCUCACUGAGGAGGCCCCCAAACAGCAAAUUCAGAUGCUCUUCUACGUCCUGUUUUCAUCCAAGUGGGUCCAUGGAGAGCUGUGGAUAUGGCUAAGGGUAAAGGGACCCCUGACCAUUAGGUCCAGUCGUGGCCGACUCUGGGGUUGCAGCGCUCAUCUCGCUUUAUUGGCCGAGGGAGCCGGCAUACAGCUUCCGGGUCAUGUGGCCAGCAUAACUAAGCCGCUUCUGGUGAACCAGAGCAGUGCAUGGAAACACUGUUUACCUUCCCGCUGGAGCGAUACCUAUUUAUCUACUUGCACUGCAUUGCUUUCGAACUGCUAGGUUGGCAGGAGCAGGCACCGAGCAAUGGGAGCUCACCCCAUCGCAGGGAUUUGAACCGCCGACCUUCUGAUCAGCAAGUCCUAGGCUCUGUGGUUUAACCCACAGUGCCAUCCGCGUCCCUUUGUGGAUAUGGCUAAAGGUAAAGGGACCCCUGACCAUUAGGUCCAGUCGUGGCCGACUCUGGGGUUGUGGUGCUCAUCCUGUUUUAUUGGCCGAGGGAGCCGGCAUACAGCUUCCGGGUCAUGUGGCCAGCAUGACUAAGCCGCUUCUGGCGAACCAGAGCAGCACACAGAAACGCCGUGUACCUUCCCGCAGGAGCGGUACCUAUUUAUCUACUUGCACUUUGAUGUGCUUUCGAACUGCUAGGUUGGCAGGAGCUGGGACCGAGCAACGGGAGCUCACCGCAUCGUGGGGAUUCGAACCGCCAGCCUUCUGAUUGGCAAGUCCUUAGGUUCUGUGGUUUAGCCCACAGCGCCACCCACUUCCCUGUGGAUAUGGCUAGGUGUGUGUUAAUCUGGGCCCUGCUAGGCCUACACAUCCAUUGCACUCAGCAAUUGUUUUAUGUUUUAUGCAUGCGGUAGAGCUGCCAUGAUGGAUUAAUAUGGAUAUCAGUACGCCCUGCCUGUCUCUGUCCCUUUGUGCACAUUAUUCUUCUUGUUGUUGUUGCUUUAGGUAAUGGAGACAUUUUGCCAGUGCUUCACUCCAGCCAGGCAAAAGCACACGAGGAGGGUACAUAGCAGUGCCAGUGAGGGGUUUGGCCUGGGGAGAGCCUGAGGGCCUGAUAGCAAGACACCAGUGCUCUAUUGAAUGGCAGAUUCAAUUGGACGCAAUCCUGCUUGAUUUGGGGCUAUUGUUUUGGUGUUUUUCUGAGAUACACGUUUACAUGAUUGUGAUCAAGAAGAGCAGACAUACCGUACUAGAAGCUAAGCCCUUGAACUGUCAGUCAUGGCCUGUGGGAGUCUGGUGUGUGGUCUGAAAGGCUGACAGCCUCCACCUAUUCUCAUUUUGCUUCAUUCUAAGUUGGGCUAAACGUAAUUGUUUAACAGACAGAAAAUUUCAAUUUUUUUUUUACUAAAGCGGACAUCUGAGAUAUGCCAACAUCUGUGCAAUUGCAUUAGGUUCUCUGCAUGCAUGCACAUAUUAUUUUAGCUCUCCAUAUGCAGUCAAGUGGAAGUUCCCGGCCUCUUCAAAUCUUCCUAGCUGGAAGGUUUGGCCACUGGCCUAGAUGGAAGAUGGAAGACAAAGAACAAUUUGUGACAGUUUUUCUCACUAUCACCACCACUCUUCAGUAGUAUCGCUUUGUGGUUGUUAGUGGUCCCUGAAAGAUUAUCUAGCCAUACACUUCAGUGUUUACUUGUUAAUGCAAUUAAUUAAGCAAAUUUAUUGAAUCCUAAAUCAGGACAAAUAUGCCUUUUGUUACUGUGUGGACUUACUGCACAGGGUCAUUUUUUGUAACUAGACAAUACUCAGGUUCACCCAUAGGUGGACCUUAUGCAGAACUUGCAUCAUGUGUAUGUUGCAUAUUUUCUGAAUUUGUUUAUGUGUAUGUUGCAUGUUUUCUGUUUGGUUAAUGUCAGAAAUCCCAGCUCUGACGUUCUGUUGAUUCCAAACUAGUACAACAAACUGAUAAGUAUCCAGUGAAAGAUCUGGCCAAGGUAAAUUAAUUGCACUAGAAAUAUUGAUUUAAACCUAUUUGCUUUCCUUAGCCCAGAUCAGACUUGCUUAACUUAGAGGAACGGAAGAUAAUCUUCUGUUGACAGAAGGCACCAAGAUCCAACAGACACUCCCUGCUGGAUGGAUGGAAGGGAGGUGAUUUUUGCUGAUUGCCCCUUGCCACUGGGCUGCUUUGGAGGGUCUCCCAGUUCUCCCUGGCAGAUCUGUAGGGGGCACAGAGUGCUGAAGCCAGACAGGAGGGGGGAAAUCAGUAAAAAUCACCUUCCUCCCUUCUCUUUUGUGCAAGGAGAAUUCUGCUGAGUACAAGUGUAGAUCUAGCAACCCAUUGCAAAAGAAAUCGAACGCAGUCACUGAAGUACUAGCCCAGGGCACAUCAAAAGCUCAGUUACAAGUUAAAACAAGCAAGCAAAAACCCAGACAACCCACAUUUCCUUUUUCUACACUUUCCAUUUUGAAGUGCAAUAUUGAAAAUAAGCAUUCCAAGUCUGCAUCUGCAUCUCGGAUAGCUUGUAGAUAUUUUAAUUGUUUUAUCAUUUGAAUGCUUGCCGCACAGGCUCCUUUGGAAGGAAGGAUAGGAUAGGAUAUAAAUUAAAUAAUAAUAAUAAAUGAAGCCAAACUCUCAUGGAAAACCUAUGUUCUGAAUCAUGUUCCACUGGAUUAAAUCUCCAGCAAUAAAUUGGAUAUGUUCAAGGACACUGUGGCCAAUUUCUUGCCAUCUUCAUCUGUCAGCCUAUCUAUUUCCCACUGUUCUAAGUAAUAACUAUCCUCUGUUUCUGCUCAGUGCCUUGCUGCUAGCCUGGAAUUGAAAACUUCAUUACCAAGGCAGGCUAUUUUCAGGCAAUUCUUCUGGUUGCUGCUUUUAUACAACCCAAUGCACAUUUUCUCAGCAUAUUUUUGCCUAGGCAUUAAGGUUUAAUUAGAGUAUAUGAAUUGACAUAAUAGAAUGAUAGGAAAUUUAGUCACUUAUUUAAAAGCAUUUGUAAACCACUUAAUAUUUUAAAUGUAUCUAAGUAGUGUAAUACACACACACACACACACAUAUGUAUCAUUAAAACAAAAAUACAACCUAAAGCCAAGUUUUUAAGAGUAAUAAGCAUAUAAAAACAAAUAAAUUCAACAUAUCAAACAAGCUCAAAUAUUUUGAGUUAGUGAAAGCCUGGGGGAAAAGAUAAUUUUUUACAAGAUGUCUGAAGCAACAUGAUGGUUGCUGCUUCAUGUAAACGUAAAGGGUAAAGGGACCCCGCGGACGACUCUGGGGUUGCGGUGCUCAUCUCGCUUUACUGGCUGAGGGAGCUUCCGGGUCAUGUGGCCAGCAUGACUAAGCUGCUUCUGGCGAACCGGAGCAGCGCACGGAAACGCCAUUUACCUUCCCGCUGGAGCGGUAUCUAUUUAUCUACUUGCACUUUUGCAUGCUUUUGAACUGCUAGGUUGGCAGGAGCAUGGACUGAGCAACAGGAGCUCACCCCGUCGCAGGGAUUCAAACCGCCGACCUUCUGAUUGGCAAGCCCUAGGCUCUGUGGUUUAGACCACAGCACUACCCGCGUCCCACAAAGCAAAUGUAGCUAUGACAUUACUGAUAGUAACUCCAGCAUACCCUUUCUUGGAAGCAUUUUACACAGUACAAACCUAGGCUUGCUCACUCAAAACAGGGAGCCACAACCAGUCUCAGGUAAUUCCACCUUUAUAAUGCAUAGGUUUUCCAAUGUUUAUUUGCUCUGCAACAAGCAGCUGGUAGAGACUGCUGCAUCAUAUAUUUGUUGAACAUCUAUAUCCCAGUGAGGAAUGAAAUCUCUUGCUAGGUGGCAGGAGCCUCUGUUCAUGUCAGUGGAAAAGAGGGGCAGAGCAAUGGGGCGGAGAGGGGUCAGCAAAGGGCACUAUGUCACAGUGUACAUUAUGGCUUACACCAUGCCCUGACCACUUGAGAUGGACCGGGGUUCUAGUGUCAUGGGCUGACCUCACUUCACUUCCACUUUACAUUUCUUAAGUGUACACAGAUAAAAUUGAACAACCUGACCCUAUGUACAGUUUCUACUAUGCUCCUAGGCCUUACAGGUGAGAUAGGACGGCACCCUUACGUAUAAAUCUAAAAAUAUAUAUCAUGUGGCCCAUAGUAUUUUCUUUCAUUACAUUUUUGUCCACUCUUCUUACAAGGUGCUCGGCUCCCUGCAAUUUUAUCUUUACAACUGGUCUGUGAAGAAGGUUAACCUGAUGAGCAAAGACUUGAGCCUAAGUCUUCUCAAUAGAACUCCAGUUCUUUAACCACCACACCACUUGGGCCAACAAGUUGAGACUUGAGUCAGACAAUCAGAGACUCUGAUCGUCGAUGGACCAUCUAGGAUUGGGAGCACAGCCUGUUCUGGAUGAGGUUGUACUCCCUCUGAAGGAGCAGGUCUGAGGCUUGGAAGUAUGCCUGGUGCCAGCAUUGCUCCCUGAUGUUCCAGUGGCUGCUGGAGUCAGGAGUGUUUUUGCAUCAUUUGUCUCCCUUCUCAUAGGAAAGAGAGAUUGGCUGCAGAAGCACAUGCCUACUAUGCAUAGCUGUUAACCUUCCCUUUUUUUUUUUUGCGGGAAAUUCCCUUAUUCCAGCGCCGUUUCCCGCUGCUAUCCCGGAUUGUUAGAUAUCCCGUAGACUGUCCCCGGGACAGGUGAGGCUGCUGAUCCCUUAUUUUCGAGGCUGCUGAUCCCUUAUUUUCAAAUCUGAAAGUUGACAGCUAUGCCACUAUGCACCUUGACUUCUGGAUAAGCUUCAUUUGCUGCCUCACCUUUCUCUAGCCCCAAAGCCAUUGCGAAUCACAUGACUGGAAAACUCUGUGAUGGAUAUGCUAACCUUUUUGCUGAAUUGUCUUGAGAAUGGGCCUUUGCUUCUGCCUCCAUUUCAAAAUGGUUCCUAUGUUUAAUCAGAGACUGUAAUCAGAGUUGAGAUAGCAGGGAGGAAAGUUUAUAUGAAGUCUACCAAGGGUGAUAAUGGUUGCCCCUUUUUCUAUUCCAUCUAAUCUCUUCACUUUUGCAAGUUGCAUGUGGCUGGGGGCAACAGAAUUACCAACCUGAUUUCCAGCAUCAUGUUCUCCACAGGGAAAGUACAGGAAGUGCAAGACCUCCCCAAGGCAUUAUUUCAUUUGCAGAGCAAAUGCAGCUCAUUAAAACUGAUGUGCUGCUGGCGAGGCCAUUGGCGAUACUGAACUCUCAGCACACACCUUUGAAAUGGAAUAAGUGAGGAAAAGAACCUAUUCUGAUUAAAGGAAACAGUUUAAAUGUCUUACCUGGUUAAAUUGCGGUUUUAUAAAUUCCAAGAACCAUAAGCUAAUUUUUAAUGGAUGUUCAGCAAGAUCAAAAACAAAAGCAUCAGUUUCAAGGCAGUAUUUUGCAUCCACAAAAUGCCUCCAGGAAUGAUUCCUCUUGAGUGUAUGCACAUUAAAUUAUGUCUGAAAUGAGGCACCUUAUCAGGGGUUUCAAAAUGAUCACGAUUUCCCUCUAGAAUCAGGUCCCACAAAGUAUGAAAGCAGAAGUAAAGUGGGCUGCUACAUCCAGUUGUUAAUAAAACCCAGACAGGCAGAUGGCAAAAGGCAAGGCACCCACAGAGGACCUUCAUUAUGUAGUUUGCAUCACAUACUGAAGCCACAUCUCAUUACCCUGACCUUAGACACUUAAGAUAUAGAUAUUUUAGGACCCACUCUGUAAUUCUGAUGCCUGGGACCAGAUGUAAUCAGAUCAGCUUACGUAGCACCUUCAGGUAGCAAAGGCUGCUGUAGAGAAGAACUGUGUUCUACGAGUUCCAUUCAAGUGGUCUAUAUGGAAAGGUUAAUCUGUAUUUGAAUGACGAAACUGACUUAUUCCCCCCACCCACCCAAAGAAUGGAGAUUAAGGUCAGCAGCACUGGAUUUUCCAAGCAAGCUAACAAGACCCUGGCAUAAGGCCUAUGAUUUACAUAAUAUGGUGCUGGUGUGGUCUAUUUCUUCUCCACUACAAACUUUUCAGUUUAAGGAUCCUUUUCAGCAUCUUUCCCUUAGGGCUUUUGGUUUUCGUAAUACAACACUUUUUUUUUUUAAUGAUAAUGCUGGUGCUGAAGAAAAUAAAAAGUCCAGGUGGUCUGCCAAGACCUCCAGAAAUUUUCAUGUGGUGGUCUACCAAAAGAUAAAAUAAGUUUGAGAACUACUACUGUAGAAUUAUUCUAUAUUCCAUGACCCUAGGGUACGUAAUCACAUUACAAUUGAUGUCACUGAUCCAACAUCUCCAAGUGGACUUCAUGGCUGAAUGGAGAUUUGAACCCUGAUCUCCCAGAUCCAGCACUCUAAGCACUACACCACAGUGACUCUCUUACACAGCACUUUGACUCAUCUUGUGUCUAGCAAAAGGAAAAAAAGGGGGGAUAGGACUUAAACAGAUCAUAAACUGCUACGAUUAUAUAUUCAGUUUCUCCCUCAUAAUCCUCAUCGGUAUCUAGCAAGAUGCCAGCAGGACACCUUGUAUGUACAUUGUACAUUCUGUUCUUGGGCAAUCUAAAUAGUGACCUGUGAUUCACUCUGAUCUUCUGGUAGAUCCUGACCUGCUAGUUGGUAAUCCCUGGAUUUAAACCAAAAAAGCAUUAUGUAAAAUUGCCUUUAGAUUCAUUGAUAGCUUGGUUGAUCUACAACCAAUAUGGAAUUAUUGCAUUUAGAUAACUCAGUUGUACUAAGUUUACAUAGGACUAAGUUGACAUUGACUAAGCUUAGGCAAUGUCCAGCAUAUUAAAAAAUGUUAUGGUAUCAAUACAGGCAUCACUUACUGAGGGCUCGAUCACUCAGUGUCCCAAUUUACGUAAGAAGGAAUGGUUUAUUGGUACAACCUUGACUGAAGAAAGAUGUAGGUAUAUUUUGUAUAUUAUUUAUUUAAAAGAUGUCUAGUCCACCUUUCAGCAGGACUCUGAGUGGUUUAUAACAAGAAGAUGAAAUGCAAAGUAAAAUAUAAUAUAAUGACAAGUUAAGAAAGAAAAGUAGAUGAAAAUAAUACAUGAAAAUGCUUGGGAGACUCAAAAGUAUUUGCCUGGUACUGAAAUUAAAACAGUGUUGGUGCCAGGUAGAUCUCUCUAGGGAGGGAAUUUCACAUACUGAACAUUCUCUCACUGAUCACCACCCACCAUAACCUCUGUUCCUGGGCAGGUUGGUGUAGGAUCAAGCAUUCCUUCCAGGAAGUGGAUAAUAAGCUGUACAGCCAGGUUUGAGGAAUUUUUGACCUGCCAAAUAUUGAAGAUCUGCAACUCCCAUCUGCCCUAGCAAGCAUUGCCAGUGGCCAUGGAUUACGGAAAAUGUAGCUCAACAACAGCUGGAGAAUCAAUGGUUCCCCACUCCUGCGGCAUAAAAUGGAUGAACAGAUUUUUCAAGUAAGUUUCUUACUGUAUCUGAGAUUAUACUGUAAAUUCUACAGUAUUGGUGUAGAAAACAUAGAAGAAGUAUUGCUUAAAGUAUCGGGUACAGUAUAGAGGGUGUGGAAGAAGGGAGGUUGAAUUGUACAAAAAUCACACACCUUCCCAUUCAUCUUUGAACCGCCUCUUUUGAAUAAUUUAAAACAAUUUGCUUCCUGUCGUUUUAUAUAUUUUAAAAAAUAAAAUAAGUUUUAAAAAGUGACUUCAACAAUCAAUAAUUAUGUACCAGCUUUGAAUGAUAACUGAUGGCAUUUUUGUUAUCCGGCACACAUUUUACUGUUAAUAUUCUUUAUUGAAUUUCAAUUGAGUACUGAUAUUACACAGAGGCUGGUUUUUAUGUCCAGCACAUUUUAUCUAAAGUAGAGAUGUGGCUGAAAGGGCUGCAUAUUGAUUUAUAGCACUGGCGUUUUACAUAUUGCAACGCUUUCGAGUAUAAAGGACUUUUAAAAAUUCUGCAGGGAAGAAUUUAUGGGACUUUGCAACAGAAAGGUUGCAAAUAUAUACAACUGUUACCUUGCAUUCUUUAGGGACAUUUUCCUCCCGCCUUUAGUCGUCCAUCCCCAAGAUCUUUCAGAAACGUUCAUUCUUCUUCUCGGAAACUUGGCUAAUGCGUAGUUGAAAUCGUUGUGCGCCAAGCGCCGAGCAGGGAGCAAUUACUUCCUGAAUGAAAGCGCAGCGUGGCGCUUAAUGAGACAACGAGGAUCCUGCGAGGUGCUGAUUGGCUCUUCUUCCGAGGGGAAGUUUGUUACAAAUAAAGAUGCUUCUCGAGUUCGGGAGAGUCAGACAAAGGCCGGGCAGCAACGCGGCUGCCUCGUGGGCUUGGACUGAAGAUGCAGAAAUUGUGUCAGAGAAAGCCCAGCCUGUCUCGGCCGCUGAAAAUGAAACGGCACGCGCCUCCCUUCCCCUUGAUCUUCGUUAUCUACUGCGUUUGCACCGCACGAUUCACCUCAGGUAGGAGCCGCGUUCCCCACAAUGUGUAUUAUUUUAGAUACUUAAGACUUUUUAUACAGCGUCCUUCAUUAUGUCUAUGGAUGAACGAUCUGGAAAGUUUACAGCAGAACUGGGGGGAAAUGGAAGAAAUGCUUCGCAGGUUUCCUGUCCGUCUAACGAGAGGUUUCUUGGUUGUAAGCCAAGCUUACUUCUAAGAGGAAACUUGCCCAGGAAUCUUGCGCAUGAGGGAGUCAGAAGCUACUGCUGUAGCAAGUAAACAAAAAAAAAAGGGCUUCCUUUAACUUUUACUAAUCUGGCUCAGUCUUUAAGAAAUGAGCAAUAGCUUCCCCAUGCGCACAACUCCACGACGGUUUUUGCGUGAAGUGGAAGAAUCCUCUCCUGUGGAGGGAAGAGCAUUUGGGAAGCUUUCCUGAUCUAGUAGUAAUCUAAGAGUAAAAAGGCUUCGAGCUUUUGCCACAGUGGAUUAGGGUUUCCACCGGGGUCUUUCUCUCUCCUGAAAGAGGAGGAAAGUUGUAAAUGAAAGAGCGGCCAAUCACUUAAAUAGGAGAAGCAGAAGUAGAGCCUCUAAAAUUUCUCUCUAGAUAAAGCUCUACGUGGUCAAGAGAGUUUGUUAAUAGUACAGUUAAAAGGAUCCGGAGACGGUUCAGAAGCUCCAGCACCUGCGAUGCUCUCCAAGGUGCUGAAACGAGGAUGACCGUCUCGUCUCUUUAUAAAACGUGUUGUAUUUAGCACAAAGCCUGAGAAAACGUAGGUAUCGGGACACAGAUUUAAUUUAAAUUGUUUUAAAUCAUUUAAAACAAAACUUAAGCGUGUGUGAAUUGUGAGAAGGGUGGUAAUAAAUAGAUGUUAAGUUGGUGUGUGUGUGUCUGUUUUCUCUGUGAGGAAACUAUGUCCAGUUUCAUCGUCAUCUAUUUAUGCCAUUCUGAUCUACGGACUAUUAAAAAAAAAAACUAAUCAAAAGAGGCUAAUUAUCACUGUACUGUAUAAUAAGUUUUUAAAAAUGUGCACAUACACACUCAAAGAGUCAACCGAAGACAGUAGUACAAUUCUCUUAAGUGCCUUCUGUUGGACUUGCCCUGUCUUUCUUUAGAUCCUUACGCAAUUAAGUCCCGUUAAUUAAGACCCAUGCUGUAGUGUAUCUAAUGCUUUCUUACUGUUUCUCUUUAACAGGAUUUCCACAGCCCUUUGAUGACUAUCUAGGCGAAUCAGACAUUCCUAAAAGCAAGGUAUGCAAACUUUUUAAUAAAUUUCCAUGCCUGUGCUUGGAACACCUAUCCCAAAAGUGUGUGAGAUCCCAUGGGAACAGUGAAUUCUACCACUAUUAUAGAGGGAAGACAGCCUGGUAUAUGCCUGAUGCAUGUAACAAGAACAAUUGGUUGCUGCAUCCCCAUGUUCACUGCAGGAACAAAAUCUGUUGAUCUAGUGUAUAUAUAAGCUAAAGAAAAUCUUCAAAAAUGUUGCCAAUAUAAUAAACUUUCCGAUUUCUCUACCCCACUCCCUCCACUUCUGAUUUAGAGACUAGCAUGGUGUUUCUGUCAGUAGAUGGAACUGUCUGAACAACCCCAUGUAAAAAUAAGUUGUAAUAAAUUUUCAGUAGCAUAGAUUAGGGAUUUUCGAAGUUUCUAUCUCCGGGGCAGACAUGAAAGGGUUUGAGGCCCGCCAGUCACAAAAUGGAGGUGUUGUGAGCAGUGGAUGGAAGCAGAGUUUGACAUAAACAUGACUGACAUAAUUUUAUUCUGAUACCUAAUCACUCUUUGCCACAGCAAUUUCUUUAUGGUGGCAGGGAGUUUCAUAGUUCACCAUUACUCAAACUAAAUAAAGACUCUGGAGUGUGAUCCUGUCAGCACAUUGUGUCUCUGCUCAAACAUUCGCACUGGCCACUGAUUCGUUACCAGGCCAAAUUCAAGGUGUUUUUAUUAGUGUAUAAAAGCCUCAUUAGCUUGGAACCAGUUUACUUGAAGAAAACCACCUUAUCGUUUAUGGGCUCACUAGACCACCUUGAUCUGUUAGAAGUUGCACUUUUAAUGUUUUGUUUGACUCUUGUGGCAGCACUCUAAAUUAAAUAAAAAUUAAUUUUAUGGCCAAAAUCAGACAUAGUGGUUUUAUAUCAAAACAACUGCAAAAUAUGUAAUGCUUGACUAACUAUGUUUGAAAAUAAUUUAUAUUAGAAUUAUUUUUAAAUUUUAUGUUUGUAUAAUUACCUCUAUUUUUUAUUAUUUGCUUCAAACACAUCAAUAUUUAGUUUAAGCUCUUUUUGUCUUCUAGAUCUGCCGUUCUGUUAUGGAUCUUUGUAACUCCAUGUUUAAUGGCAUGCAGAUAGAUGAGGUAUGAUCCGAUUCUUUCUUUUCUCUGAAAACUCUGUCACAGUAUUUAUGUAGUUAAGUAAUCAUCAGUCCUCAUGUAAUCUGAUAUGCUUCUCCUCACUAGGAAAAUAAUCAGGAAAUAUAUAAAAGAGUAAGUAUUUACCUUUCUUUAUAAUAUACACAAUACCUGUUUUUCUUUAAAUAAUGCAACAUACUAAAAUAGCUCUUUCUAUGCAGUUUUUAUUUCACUACUCCAGAGCUCAAGAUCCAACAUAUCCACUUAAAACCGGGGUUAGUAUUUUAACAUAAGCAUAUUUUAUAUUUUAUACAUCACAACAUACAAAAUAGUAUAGAACAGUAUAUAAAAUCUUUCACGUGCCUUGAGUGUAUUUAUUAGCGAUGCAAGCCUAUGCAUGUCUGCUUGGAAUUAAGACCCAUUGAAACCAAUGGCGCUUAUUACAAAGGAAUUGUGCAUAGGAUUGCAACUCAAGUCCACAACUUAAGCCAGGCAAAUAAUGUCAAAUAAGAUUUAUCUCACAUCUGGACCAUACAUUUAAAGCACUCUCAUACCUCUUCAACAGUCCAGGCUUCCCCCAAAGAAUCAUGGGAACUGUAGCUGUGUGAGGGGUGUCCUAAUAACUCUCAGGACUCUUACAGUUCCCAGUAAUCUUUGAGGGAAGUCAUGAUGGUCAAAGUGGUAUAAGAGUGCUUUAAAUGUACAGUGAGGAAAUUGACAGGAUCUGAAAAAAUCUUGCAACCAGAUUCAUAAGCGCCCGGUAGGGUUUUAGACAGCCACCAACGGCACACACUCCCUUCAGUGUAACAUGGGAACCAUCUAUCAAAGGGGGAGGGGGAAUGAAAAUCCAUUAGCCUAAUACAACCCUCUCUUUCGAACAGUUAGUGAAUGACUUUACCCACAAAAAGCUUUAGCAAUGACUUUAUGAAAUAUAUAUUUUUUUUAUUUAGUAUAUCUCUGUAUGUAUACAUAUACAAUUAGUAAUGGUUAUUCACUUCAUUAAAACAAUGGCAAGAAGUGUGCCACAGUAUGGCCCAAUACAUGUUUGCCCUGAACAGACCCCACUUAGUUCUAUGGAGCUUUAUGCCUAGUGAGUGCGUUUAGGAUUACAGCAUAAGGGAUCUGCUCCUAAUUACCCAGCACCUCUGCACUGCUCUACAGUCCUGGCAAAGCCCCCAAGAGAUGUUUUUCUGGCUGCACCUGAAACUUCUUGAUAAACUUAUUUUGGGACUUCAUAUUUUGAAUGAGCCAGUUCCUUAUAAAGUCAUCUAUGUUGAGAUGAUGUUACAGGUAGAUUAGGAAUGUCACUCUGUCAGUGAACCAUAUAGCUGUCAUCUAGGCUUUACAGAUUUAUCUUUCUAAUUUUUGUCUUUGCAUAAAAUUGGUGUUCAUGAUAUCUCUUUGUUACAGUCUUUCCCUGUGCAUCCUUUAAUGAGCCUUGCUCCAAAGCUCUCGGAGAGGAGAAUGAAAAGAUUCCUUGAUCCUGUAUGCACUCGCUUCAUCCAUAGUAUUUUGUGACACAAACACUUCAUUUUGACUUUUUCCUUUUCUACUAAAAAGCCAUUGUACUGGUGGUGAAAUUGUGUGCAUUUGUCUACUCUCAUUUCCUUCUUAUCUCCCUUUCGUUUUCUUAAAACAUUCUAUCAUUCCCCCCCCCCGAAUUUCCUUAUUGUACCCCAUUUUUAAAGUUUAUUCAAAGUAAGUCACAACCAUCAUUGUCGAUGUGACUAUUCCUGUUAGUUAAUUCUUCUAGUGUUUGUGAACUGCUAGGCACAUACACUAUCCCUACCCAAAGGAUGGUCAAAAUCUCCAGUAUCACUCCUGUAUUGGUGCUGAAUGCUGAAGCAACUUUGCACAGGGCUUUUGCAUGCAGGAACAUACUGCACUGUAAUAUCCUUAACUGGUAGAAUAAUUCAUUCCCAUUGCAUUCAAUUGCAACGUUUUGUUGACUGACAUCUGUAGGAGACUGGGUGUAGCAGAUACAAAAAAACCCAACAACUCUGUAGCAAUGUAAACUACCAGCUGCAUCAUUUGACUAGUUUAACGUUCAGUGAAAAUGUAGAGAAUGGUACUAGGAACAAAUUUACAGAAUAAAUAAUAGCACUUUCAAAAAUCAGUACUAAGAUCUAACUUUCCAUUUGAGCUUUGGUGUUGUUCUCAAGAGCAUGAUCACGCCAUUUCCAUUUAAGAGACAGAAGCAUGCGCUAUACACGUUGCUUGGCCAAAGAAAAACCUCAGAUGAAUUCAAGGUGUUUAGCGUUCUCUUUCUAUUUCCAACAUUGCCUGUGGUUUUGUGUUUCGAAUGCUUUAGCCUAAUGUCAUGUACUGGAGCAGUCUGCUAGCUUCUGCUGAAAGGCAUCAACCUAUGGGCAUUAGGAGAUGAUGAAAUUAACAUGCACUAUCACCUUGCAGGAAUCUCAGCUUGCGGCCGAAGAAUUCUUGAAGAAGGUAGGCUUAAAAUGCUGGCAUUAUUGUGCAUAUGUGUUACAAACAGCUCCCAAUGCUCAGUUAGUUUGUUUUGCCACCCUGUGAGCUGUCUGGGUCAGCAUAUCAAAGAGACAGAAGGCAAGGAAUGGCAGGGGUGAUGCCAGCAACACAGUAAAUGUUUAAAUGCUCUGCCCUUUGCUUCUCCUACUUUGUGAGUGAGCACGGGGUAGACUCUUUAUACAUUCAAAGCAAACAUAGCUAUGAUGGUUCAUAAGAAAAAUGGGAAGGGGGGGGAUCACCCCAAACCAGGCAAAGAUUUGCUCAAUUUGGGGCAAUUUUGUCCUCCCUUAGCAGCCCUCGGAAUGCCAUGCCAAAUUGUUCAGGGGGCAUCUCUAACCUUCUUAAUAUGCUUAAUGGGGGUCACAGUGUCAUCUCUAUCUUCCUCUUCUCCUUGUUCCUAUUUCUCUGUUGGUGGUUGCUAUACUAAGGCUGCAGUCCUAACUUAUCCACUACCACCCAGCUGGUGGGGCUUUUUUGGAAUGGCAGGGCCACCAAUGCAUCUGAAGCCCUGCUGCUCAGAAAGUCUGUGGUGGAAGAAGGAGUGCCAACUUGAUUAAAUUAUUGGGGGGGGGCAAGUAAACCCUGUCCCACAUAAUCAACCACAUGUCGCGGUGCAGGGCACAAUUUGAAUGGCAACGCCCAUCAACUUUGGGGAGCCUGGCCCCCUCAACUGUUUUAUUGGGGGGGGAGGGACCUUGGCCUCCUAGGAGUUGGCUCCUAUGUGCGGAAAGCAGAGGAAAGGAUGAUGCGCCCAAAUCCAUGCUCCCGGCUAGUGCACCAACUGGACCUGACCCUGUCACACAACAGCAGUGAGAUCAGAGCUCAGGAUCCAAUGGAUCAUGGACCAGCCUCUUCCUUGCCCCAGAACACCUCGUUGUGGUGUUUUCCUGGCUACCACCCAUCCAGACAUUCAGCAGGUGGAAGCAGGAGGUUAGAGCCAAGGGAAUGAUUCUUGUGUCACUUCCCUUGGUAAUGGGUGGCAGGAGCCAGCUUAGUCAGGAGAGCUGGGUGGAGGGAUAAGUCUACUCAUUCCGACUGCCCUCCCCAGUCUAGUUUAAAUGGGGGGGGGAUUGGAUUGCUUUGACCAGCUGCCUUCCUAUGCAUAUUUACCGAGGAGUGAUCCCCAUUUUGAGUAGACAUGCAUAAGAUUGCACUUGAACCCCCUAUAUUGCUGGGAGGAAAGUUUUGGCUCUGCUGGCUGCAGGAUCUCAUUGGGCCCCACUACACUGCAGUAUUUCAGAACUCCUGACCUAUGUCAAAGUGCACAAUAGGUUUAGAAACAUUUUGCCAAGUCUGCUUUAUUUCUUUCCUUCUACAGGACAGCUUGGAUACCUUGGGCCGACCCUUUUUUCUCUUCAGGGUAUCUAAUUUUAUUUGUUCAUUAUCAGAAAAAUAAAAUUGAACCAUACAUAGUUUCCCCUCUUGGUAUAAAAAAAAUGAAAAUGAAAACAGCAUUUAUAAGGCCUGCCGCCCGAAACACACACCAUUAUAUCAGAGCUUUCCAAACUGUGUGUCGCAGCACGUUAGUGUGUCGGCUGCAGUGUGUAGGUGUGUUGUGCGAACGCUGUCCGCCUUCCUCCCGGGGAUGGAAAGGGGUUAGUUUAACCUUCAGUUUGCUAGUAAAACUGAAUUCUGUGUCAUGAAAUGAUGCACAUCUGAAAAGUGUGUCACCAACAUGAAAAGUUUGGAACGCUCUGCAUUAUGUGAUACUAGCAUGUGUUAAAAUCUACAGUUCACCCUACACUGUGGUCUCACUGUAGAUUGCAUUAGGCUUCCUUACCGCAAUACAAUAUAUUUAGUGGUGCUAUCAAGGCAGCAAUUGGGGCAGGAGUCCAGUGGCCCACUCAACAGAAUGAGCUGCAGCUGUCCCUCACUCCACAAAUCCAACAGGACUGGGGAAUAAUACGUAUUGACUAUAUACAGAGUCAUUCCCCAUUGUAAGAUCAUUCGGUCCAAAAUCUAAAAUUACUUAAGUGUAUCACUGCAUCUGUUUCUUAUCCUAAAUAUCUAGAGAAUUUAAAUAAUUAAAAAGCCAGAGGAGCUACACAAACAAAUACAUUAUUGUAAUUUUUAGAAUGUUUCAGUUGUUUUAGAAUGUUGUUGCUUCUGUGCAAGGACUUUCACUUGUACAGCAGGGCUUCUCUCCCUCUUCUCCCCUUACAUCCCCUCAAAUUGGCUUAUAAGGGUCUGAAGAACCCACAAAACAGCACACAGCAGGAGGAAAUUGUUCCGCCUGGAAAGCUGGAGUGCUUGCGCAAAUGGGACCUUCAUAAUAAUACAAAUGCUUAAUUCCACCCCAAAUAUCUGGCAAAGAAUUGCCCCCACCCACCCUUGCCAUGGCUUCAGUGCAACUUAUAUGCUGCUUAAAUGGAGGAGUGCAAGCAGUAGAGGGCAUCUGCUCACAGACCAGCAUAUAUGAAUGGGAGGCAUGGAACGAUAACCACAUGCCUGCAUGCUGACAAAACAUUAUGACAGCCAGUCGGAAUGCAGCGCAGUUGUUCUAGUCAGCAAAGUGAUGCUCUUUUGCAAACUCUCACCUUUGAAUGACCUUGAGCUGGAGAAGCACCUGGUGUGCCGACAAAGUCAACUCUGCACCUCUUAUUUUCUGCUGUUCACUUUGUGGCAAAGCUGGAGAUUAUGCUUCUCAAUGUUACACACUGCAGUGUGUUUAAUUUAUUUUUCUUUGCGUGUUAAAUUUUCAGCCAAGGAAUGGAAGGACAGUGGAUAAUGGAGGUGAAUAGGACAGUCAAAAGGUCGUGUAUUUAUUUAUUUAUUUACAACAUUCAUAUUUGUUUGUGGCGGUAAUGAUGAUAUCUCAAUGGGGUGCAUGUAUCCUCUCCUAUAAUAAUGAGCAUGGAAUGACAUGGACGUAGCUGGGGGGGGGGGAGAAUAUUUUUAUAAGCAUGUUGAUGUCAGUGAAACAGUUCACAUGUAUAGUACUACAGUGGUGCCCCGCAAGACGAAUGCCUCGCAAGACGGAAAAACCGCUAGACGAAAGGGUUUUCCGUUUUGAAGUUGCUUCGCAGGACGAAUUCCCCUAUGGGCUUGCUUCGCAAGACGAAAAUACCUUGCGAGUCGAGAUUUUUUUUUCGCUUUCCCCCCCCUUUAUCUAAUCUGCUAAGCCUUUAAUAGCCUUUAAUAGCCUUUUAGCAGCUAAUCCCCUAAGCCUUUAAGCCUUUAAUAGCCGCUAAACCGCUAAUAGCGCUAAUAGCGCUAAUCCGUCAAUGGGCUUGCUUCGCAAGACGAAAAAACCGCUAGACGAAGACUCUCGCGGAACGGAUUAAUUUCGUCUUGCGAGGCACCACUGUACUUCACAUGUUGUUGUUUAGUCGUGUCCGACUCUUCAUGACCCCAUGGACCAGAGCACGCCAGGCACUCCUGUCUUCCACUGCCUCCCGCAGUUUGGUCAAACUCAUGUUGGUAGCUUCGAGAAUACUGUCCAACCAUCUUGUCCUCUGUCGUCCCCUUCUCCUUGUGCCCUCCAUCUUUCCCAACAUCAGGGUCUUUUCCAGGGAGUCUUCUCUUCUCAUAAGGUGGCCAAAGUAUUGGAGCCUCAGCUUCACAAUCUGUCCUUCCAGUGAGCACUCAGGGCUGAUUUCCUUCAGAAUGGAGAGGUUUGAUCUUCUUGCAGUCCAUGGGACUCUCAAGAGUCUCCUCCAGCACCAUAAUUCAAAAGCAUCAAUUCUUCGGCGAUCAGCCUUCUUUAUGGUCCAGCUCUCACUUCCAUACAUCACUACUGGGAAAACCAUAGCUUUUAUUAUACGGACCUUUGUUGGCAAGGUGAUGUCUCUACUUUUUAAGAUGCUGUCUAGGUUUGUCAUUGCUUUUCUCCCAAGAAGCAGGCGUCUUUUAAUUUCAUGGCUGCUGUCACCAUCUGCAGUGAUCAUGGAGCCCAAGAAAGUAAAAUCUCUCACUGCCUCCAUUUCUUCCCCUUCUAUUUGCCAGGAGGUGAUGGGACCAGUUGCCAUGAUCUUCGUUUUUUUGAUGUUGAGCUUCAGACCAUAUUUUGCGCUCUCCUCUUUCACCCUCAUUAAAAGGUUCUUUAAUUCCUCCUCACUUUCUGCCAUCAAGGUUGUGUCAUCUGCAUAUCUGAGGUUGUUGAUAUUUCUUCCGGCAAUCUUAAUUCCGGCUAGGGAUUCAUCCAGCCCAGCCUUUCGCAUGAUGAAUUCUGCAUAUAAGUUAAAUAAGCAGGGAGACAAUAUACUACUUCACAUACUCAGGCAAAAUUGCUCCCCAAUACAUGGUCUGUGUCAUUGGCAUUAGCAGCGCCACUAGGGGCAGGUGAUGCUGGGUUUCAUCCCAUUCUUCAGUCAUGUGAUCACCAUCAUCAAAAGUUGACUGGAGCUGCACAUGGGUCUCGUGCUACGUGAUCUGGAACACCAUGUGCAGCUACAGCACACAGAUUUAUGCUCACAGCACCCCUGCAGAGCAGAUCUGUCAGGAGAGUGAGUCAGGAACAGGUUGGCAAUAGAUCAGCGAAGUUUAUUCUUUAUUCAAGGGAACAUGGUUGGCUCAGGAGACCAGGCCUAGUGAGCACAGCAACUCGUCCCAGUAGAUCUUGCCUCUAUGAGGCAGUUGUGGGGACUGAAGGUCCCCACCGCCCCACAGUUCCCUAAGUCUUCUCCUCCACCGGGUCAUUCCCAAGCCAUCUGAGACUAUAUCGCCACAGCUGUCUUUACUCCACUCUCUCCACGCUUCUUUUGGUUCUGGGAGACCAGGAGGAAGGGGAACUUGUCACAGCAGGAAGGGAAGACACCUUGGUUUCUUCACUAACCUUACUCAUCUCUUCCUCUUGGCCCUCUCUCAUCUCCAGUCUCUGCUUCUGUACUGUUCUCUACCACAGACUCCCCCUGCUCACUAAGCCCUGUUACUGUCUCAGCUUCCAACACUUUUCCCCAGUGUGCUCAUCUUACCACCACCAGUCCCCUAGCUCUGAUCCUUCUUCCCUUGGGGUUUCUCUAGUUGGUGCCUCCCACUAUUCCUCUGCAUCCAGCCAGUCCAUGACACCAUUUCACAAUCCAUUACCUUUUGCAUGAAUCAAGGCAUCUUUGUAGAAACAGAAUAGAACUUCUUGUGUCCAAAUGGCCGGGAAGAGUUGGGAUUAAAGGACUGUUUUUGCCAUGAAGGUGUUUGGACAAAUAGCUUUAUGUUUUUUAAAUGGUUCCAAUAUCUGAGAUUGCUAAUAAGAUCCCUGCUGUGUUUUAAAAUAAUUUGGUGUUACUGCCAACAAGCAGUUUCCAUGUAGGAAGAAGAAAGGAGCUCUAGCUUUUAGAAGUAGACUCAUUAUGCCAUAUACUGCUAUGUAUGCCAACUUCCUCAUAAGGAGUGCACUGACUGGAACUUCUAUGCAUCUGUGCUCUGCCUAGCAAUGUGAUGCAUCUCCUGUUUGUUGUGUUUCUUGGUCAUCGGCAGAAAAUUACAAUCUUUUCUCUACCAAAAAGCUUCUUGCUAACUACAUGUUUUAGCCUUUUUGAAUCCAAGUGAAUAUUUUUUAUUUUAACUACCAGCCAGUUCAGCUGAAGUACUGGAAAUCAUAGCUGCUACAUACAGAUCAUAUUAUUUUGUAGUACUGGUAGGCUUAAAGCUUUCAGAAUUGACACAACUGCCCUAAAGAUGAAGGGUCCAAUCCAGUAGAAUCAUAGAAUUGUAGAGUUGGAAGGGACCACAAGUGUCAUCUAGUCCCAAGACCCUGCAAUCUUUUGCCCAACAUGGGGCUAAAACCCACGGCCCUGAGAUUAAGAGUCCUGCUCUCCCAACUGAGCUAUCCUAUUACCAAGCCUUUCUGGAUCAGACCAAAAGCUUGACUAGUCCAGCAUUCUCUAUUCACAGUGGCCAACCAGGUGUCCAUGGCAUGCCUGCAAGAAGGCUGGACUGCAACAGUGUUCUUGCAACUUGCAUUGUCCAGCAACUGGUAUCUAGAGGCAUACUGCAGUAGUUAUGUGCAGCCUUCUUGCAAGAGCAUCUUUGCAUAGAGGACAUCAUCUCCAUUAGGGGACGGAGAGGGAAGGCUUCAACAGUUGAUUGGCGAAUGCCUUAAGUAUUUAGAUUCCUUCAAAGACUAACUAUUUUUCUUUCAGACUUUUCUUUCAGACUUCAAGGAAAGAGAAAACCCAAGGGUCACUUGACUUCCUCGCUCUACCACUUUAAACUCUGAAAAUAAACGUUUGGACUACUAGUCCGCUGUUCAGAGACAUGCUCUUGAAGCCUGUGAAGUUACAUGUAAUAAAUUUGCAGCCAUAAAUUAUACCUGUAUGGUUUCUCUGUGUGUUCAUGCCCUCCCUUUAUACUCCCAAUCCCCAUAUGUACCCAGCUGAAUAUUCAUUUAGGUUUGCCAUGUCCUCAUUUAGCAGAAACCCAAAUGUGUUCUUUGUUAAAAAGAAAUAAUUAUGAUUCAGUGAAUAGUUACUCAGAUGUGUCUGCUUUAUUUGUGGCUAAGUCAUGAUAAAGGGACAAGUUGUUGGGAUGUGAAUAGCUGCUUGGGGAGG